CCAUUUACAUUCAUUGUUGCUUGGACGUGGCAGCCAUGACGUGAUUUCUGAGUUUUUGUUAAACAGAUUACACUCUUAAUUGUAGCGAAAACUGUUAAUUUAGGGGAAUACGUGCAUUACUCGUCACCGCCUUUCGUUAUUGCCAGUGUAAAGCCAGAAAUCCAGUGCGUAAUAUAUCCACUAAAAAAAAGAAGAAAGAAAAGUGUGUGCAAAAAAAUAAAAACCUGAAAUUACCACAAAAUAUAUAUAUGUAUUGUUGUAGAGUGAAAUUAAGUCAAAGCAACAACAAGGCGUCGGAGCAGAAAUCACCAAUAUAAACAAAAAAGCAACAAUCAACCUACAACAAUACAGAAGUCAACGUCCAAAUUUAAAGCUCAUUUUGCGUGUGUGUUGCUGCCUUUAUCGAUUGACCGAUACCCCAGCCUCUGGCCAAUCGAUACAACUCGCAUUUACCAACACUGCUGGGCGAGAGAGCAGAGCGAGUGAACGCAAAACAGCUGAUUGCGACUGGCACACGCUUGUUGUUGCAGUUGGGCUGUUUUUUUCUUUCUGUUUUGUUGGAACUUUUUCGCUGCAACGCGAGAAAGAGAACGGGGAAAGAGAGCAGCAGAAACAACUACGUGUGACGUGGUGUGGGGGCAUACAGGUGGCAAAACAGCUGUUCCAACAGCAAAAUCAAUCUGUUUUUUAGUAGAAUACAUAAUCAAUUUGCCGCCUGCAGUUUUCCAGCUAAAUACAUACACACAAUCAAAAAAUCAACUAAUAAAGCAACAGCAGGAGAGACGGACUUUCAAAGGCAGCUUCCAGGACGACUACUUCCACAACGAGUGCUUCCCGUCCUUCCCGUCCACGACCGGUCACCUUCCAAGCAAACACAACCCCCUUCCACGAUUUCCAAGCUGGCCCAACAAGCAGCGGACAGCAACCUUCCAACAACUGAUCCCAUUAUCCAUUAUCCGGGAACGAUCGAGGGGCUGUCUAAUUGCUAUCUAAUUGGCGGCUAGCUGCGCGCACGUUAUGACCAAUUCGAUUGCGUCAACGAAAUGCCUGCCCAAUGCACUAUCGACCGGCAAUUAUGGAAUGUCCCAGAGCCACCGUUACACCGAUGAUAGCAAGGAGUACAUCAUCGUCAAGCUCACCGAUUCCGCGUUCCGUGCGAUCGAGGAAUAUCAGCGCGAUGACAACGCCAAGCGCCUGCAGCCCGGCCAGCGGGCCAAGAUCCAAUUUGUGGGCAACACGGGCGUCAUCCAGUUCCCGCUACCAGCGUCGGAUGCUAAUGGCAUCCCUAAUGCUAAUGGCAAUGGCAGCGACGCGGCCGGAGGAGGAGUCGGUGGUGGUCGCAAGUUCGGCUUCACUAUCAACAAUAUGGAGGGAACGCUGGAGUGCGUUCAGCAGCAGCAACAGAACCUCGGAGUCCUCGGAGCAGUCGCCUUGCGCAUGCGGAUCCAUGCCAACGACGAUGUCUACGAUACGACACGCACAAAAAUGGCCAUUGCCGAGGAGACGGAGAAGAGCAAGUGCAUCAGGGAGAUUAAGCCGAAUCAGUCGGAUAUCGGGCGUAAGGUGAAGAAGCCGCCAUCUGCAGUACAAGCCUCCGCCUCCACCGCCUCCGCCUUCUCCUCCUCCAACUCCAACUCCGGUUUGACGACGACGGCAUUUCAUCAUCACAGCAACAGCAACAGUAACAACAGUGGGAACAACAAUAGCAGCAGCAGCAAUAGUUUUAAUAGCAACAACCAUAGUCGUAAGUUAGUUUCAUCGCCAUUUAAUGGCCUAGGCGUAGGAUCCAGCAGCUCCUCCAGCGCGUUUGCCUCGCGUUCGCCCAAUCCCAGCACACUGGGCGCCAGCGGAACAGUCAAUGGCUCUGGCUCUGGCGGGGGUGGUGGUCGCUAUGGUGGUGGAGCCGCCUCCUCGCUAGCUUCCACAUUCGCCAAUGGCAUCUCGCAGGGCUACAACAACCUGAGUGGCAGCUCGCCAAGGGAUGCCAUGCCAGCAGCAGCAGCAUCAUCAGCAUCAGCAUCAGGUGCGCUUGCAUCAUCAGCCAUCUCCUCACGCAACAAGAUGCCAAGCGGAGGCCUCACCUCCUCCAACUCCUCCUCGUCCUCCAGGAGUGCCAAUAACAAGUCGUCGGGUGUGUCUAGGCGCAAUAUUCGCGAACGCCUCAUCCAUCUACUGGCCCUUAAAGCUUUCAAGAAACCGGAGCUCUUUGCACGGCUAAAGAACGAGGGCAUACGGGAUCGGGAACGCAACCAGAUCACCAACAUACUCUUGGACAUCAGCACCAUGUCGCACAACACGUACAAUCUGCGGCGCCAGAUGUGGAACGAUGUGGACGAGAACUGGCCCUUCUUUAGCGAGCAGGAAGCGCAGCAGCUGAAGCGUCGCAAGCCGCAGAACCUGACGCCGCCGAUGAGCUCAGAUGCGGGCAGCUCGACCUCCGGCCAGAGUCCAACAUCGACGCACACAGGCAGUCCGCCGCCACCGUCGGGUAAUGGCGGACCAGGAGGGGCCGGCGGAGGUGGAGCGGGCGGCGGCAGCCUGAAGCGGACCAGCCUCGAGUACGACGAGACUAUGUUCAGCACUGUUCAGCCCAAGAAGCAGCGCAUCAGUCACUACAAGAAGGACACUCCGCCCUCGGGAACGUCGUACUCCUCCCCCGCGGUGACAAUGUCUCUAGGCUCCUCCGCCUCCAGUCGUAAUCGGUAUACGCCGCCGCAACGCCAGCCGGGUCCGCUGGACGAUCACAGCACCAGUGAUCUCAGCUAUAAUGUGCUGGACAACAUGGAGGAGUUUAUGAGCUCAACGGCAGCAGCCACGCAGCAAUCGAUGGAGCAGCAGCAACAGCAACAGCAACUGCUUCAGCAGCAGCAACAGCUUCAACAGCAGCAACAGCUACAGCAGCAGCAACAGCUACAGCAGCAGCAACAGCAGCAGCAAAAGCCACGGAGCAGUAGCAGCAGUAGCAGUAGUAGACGAGGCAGCUCCUCGAUGGCUGGCACCAGCAAUGGUGGUAACAACAAGGAUAAACGGAACUCCACGGGCAGCAAUUCCAGUAGCUCCAGUGGUUACGAAACGCAGCAGGAUCGCCAGCGUACAACGGGGGCGAUGUCAUCGAACCGCAGCAGCAGUAGCAGUAAAUCCUCAUCCGCCUCCGCUUCCGCCUCCUCUUCGACGACGCCGCCCAAGCUGGCGGCCAGUUUUGUGCCCGCUGCCGCCCCUGCAUCCACUUCCGGUUCCAACAAGCAGCGUAAGCCGCCCCAGCAGAGCGACAACACGUACAAUAGCAAUAACACGCAACAUGCGGCCUCCAAUAGCAAGAAAAGGACGAGUAGUAGUGGUCCCAGUGGUGGAGCGAAUGGCCAGCGGCAAAGGAGUUCCAGUGCCUCAAAGUCUGGCUAUCAGCAGGUGCCGCCACCCGCAUCCUCAUCCUCUUCCUCAGCCUCCUCCAACUCGCGAUCGUCUCUCCAGCAGCAGCAGCAUCAACAAAAGCAGCAGCAACAUCAGCCGCAGCAACAGCAACCGCAUCAGGCGCAGCAGCAACAGAAUCAUUACCAUCAGCAGGCCAAGCAUCCGUCUCCAACGCAACAGUUGGCGGCAGCCGCCCAUGCCUAUGCCCAUGCGACCGCAGAUGCAGACUCAUCCUCCAUGCCCCGUUACGACUUCAGCAAAUACGUGCCCAUCCAAACGCUGGAGGUGCGGCGGCGCUAUAAGACUGAAUUCGAGAGCGACUACGAUGAGUACCGCAAGCUGUUGACGCGCGUGGAGGACGUGCGCAAUCGUUUCCAGGAUUUGUCCGAGCGUCUGGAGAGCGCCAGGCGCUGCGACAACGGAUACGGGGACUAUGAUCACAUCAAGCGGCAGAUUGUGUGCGAGUACGAGCGGAUCAAUAACGAUCGCACUAUUGGAGAGGACAAGCAGCGCUUUGAUUACCUGCACGCCAAGCUGGCGCACAUCAAGCAGCUGGUGAUGGACUAUGACAAGACUUUGAUGAGUGCCACGACGGCGGUGACGGCCACGGAAGUGGUGGCGCCUCCAGCUCCGGAUCCAGCGGUGGCGGAAGCUGCCGCUAGGCUGGCCGAGCAGCAGAGGCGGCAGCACCAUGCUGUGGAAACGAUAGAACAGAAGCAGCAAAAGCAACGCCACCAUCCCCAGCAGCAGCAGCAACAUCAGCAGCAGCGGCAACAUCAGCAGCAUAACCCACAGCAGCAACAUCAUUUGCAGCAGCAACAUCAUAUACAGCAGCAACAGCAACUACAUGCACAGGAGCAACAUCAGCAACCGCAUGCACAGGAGCAACAUCAGCAGAAUGGGAGCGAUUCGGAUGACAGUUCGGACAGCUCGGACUCCAACGAUGAUGACGACGAGGACUGCGAUGAUUCCAACUCAAACUCCAAUACCGAUGACGAUGAGGCUCGCUAUUGAUCCUGUUGGGACUACUUCGAUGACCAUCCGCUGAACCCCCAUGUAAAAAGGCAAAACAAGCAAGAAACUAUUAUAAAUACUACAAACUAUUAUAGUAAAAACGGAAAAAAACAACAAACAAAUCAACAAAACCGACAAAAACACCAACAAAAACGUUCUAAAAGAAAAUUGUACUACAAGCAAAAAAAAACCUUCAAAAAAAUGUUGAAAUUAUGUUAACAAAAACUAAACAAAAAAUACAAACUUUCGCGUAAAAUAAUUUUUAUUACAUUAAAAACGAGGGUAGGCGGCAGGCAAGUUCUGCUGCCACCGAUUUCUACACAUAUAUAAAUAUACAUAUAUGAACUAUAUACAUAACAACAAGCCAGAAGAAGACGAGAUGAGGAGGAAACAAAAUCAAUAUUUUUAAAAACAACGGCGAAAGCAAAAAAAAAUUAUAUACGAGUUGUAGACUUAAUUUUUUGUUGAGCAUAUUGAGCAGCUUAAAUAAGCGCAGGCAUAAGUAACUAAAUGAAAACGAAAACAUGUUUUUCCUUGCGUUUUGUGUGUAAUAAUUAUUAUUAUUAUUAUAUUAUUAUUAUCAACUUUUAAAUAUAGCGUGUAUGUUUUUCGUUUUUAAAUCUAGACUCUUCUUAUUUUUAUUCUUGAUUUUUGUUUAACAUUUGUUACAAACGGCAAACACUCACACCUCACACAAGAAAAAAUCCACAAAAAUAUCACACACACAGUACACUCAUCGACAAAUUUUUUGCAUUUUUGGGCAUAGCUUUUGUUUUAGAUUUGUGUAUAGAAAGAGAGAGAUUGAGAGAGAUAUAGCGAGCGAGUAGGCCAGCACAAAGUGUCCUCGCUGCUGUCGACUGCACGUGCCCAAAUCCGGGAUCCAGGUUAUAGUGGGAUUUGGGUUUGGGGUCGGGAUCCGGAUCCGGAUUGGGAUUGGGUGCGAGUAGAGUUAACUGAUAUUGAGCCAAUGUUUGCCUAGGCCUACGAUGACCACAACUGAAUACCGUAACCGACAAACAGACAGACACACUGAGAGAAAAAGAGAGCACCACAGAAACGAUCUUAAAAAUCAAUUGCAUAUUGUUGGGGAAGUUGGUAAUUCAAAGUCUUUUUAAAUAUUCUCUUUUGGCCAGAACUGGUUUUUUUUAAGCCUAUGUUUGCCAGAAACUUUGAGUUUGUAAAUGUAAUGCAAAGAAAAGUCCAUAUAAAUUUAUUGAGAAACAAAAUUUUAUCGUAAUAAUCUGAGGCCAAUUCAAUGCAUUUCAAUUCAGAUUUAAUCUCUAAGAAUAAUUUAAGCUGUUCGUAAACGGUGAAGUGACUGCAUGAGCCAUUUUCAUGGAUUUAAAUUUUGAUCGUUCAGUCGCUUCAUCGUUUACAACCAGCUCAAUACCUCUUUGGUCUUAUCAACCCCCAUUAAAUAUGCGCUUUUAUGUGUGUAAAUUAUAUUUCCCUUUGGUGGUGUUGCAUGCGGGCGUGCCUCUAAACAAUAGACUGAACUUUUAAACGGCUUGUGUAGAAAAAAAUUCUUCUGUUUUAUGGAUAACUAGUUAAUUUGUUAUAUAUUUUUGUGUUUUAAUUAUACACAGGUUUUUGUUUGGCGUACGUAGCGUUUAUAGUUUUCUUAGCCAACUCCAGCAGUACCAUUACCGUACCGUACCUUUCCAAUCUGUAAACUGUGUCGAAAACUAAACAAAUAGAGACAUUUUCAGAACUGACCGAAGACAGAGACUUUAUUUAUAUUAUUUGCGGCUUUGGACUAGUUAUUGCUCAAAACUAUGAGAGGACUAAUAGAAAUGAUAUACUUAAUGGUUGUAUCACAGCUAUGGCGGCCCCUUAAGUUGUUUGCUUUUAGUUUUAGGACAACUCUAAGCAUGUUACGAAAGCUUCCUUAAGUAAAAUAAUAAUAAUAACAAACUUAACAAAAUACAAGCUAAAGUGGGAGGAGAGAUGAUAAAGUCGCUUAAAAAUUAUCAAAUUAUUUGCUGAAACUCUAGUGUCCAAAAUGAAGAUAGGGAGACGAAACGAAACAAAAGCAAAACAAAGAAGGUUAAAAACUAACACGAAAUUGAAGAAACCAUGAAAUUUUAGCUAUUUCGUUGCAAUAUUUUUUAUAUAUGAUAUUUAAGUAGUAGGGGAGGAAACAAACGAAUGGGAAAAUCAAAUGAAACAUUGAGAUCAAGUUGCAAAAAAUCAAGCGUUUAAAAUCGAUUCGUAGCAAUUACAACAAAAACAAAAUCAUAUAUACAAUUUAUAUACAACAACAAAAAAAACCACUAAAUAUAUACACAAUAUAUAUAUAUAUAUACAUAUAUCUAUAUAUAUGUACAACAUUGACAUUUGAUAAGCAACAAAAGAAACUUACUAGUUUUAUAUAAAUGCCACGCCCUCAUACAUAAAUAAACCACAUAUGACACGCCCACAAAAAACACACAACAAACACAGACACACAUGAACUAACACAGCAAUUGAAAAGGAACUUAUUAACGAUUAAUGAUUGUGUAAGCCGAGAAAAAAAGAAGAGUAAACCAGAUCAAGAGACAUGAGAAAAUAUUAUUAUUAUUAUUGUACAUCUAAGAGCAAAACCGCUGACAAGACCAGCAGAAUGAAAAAU